UGUAGGCUGCCACUGCUGUGAACCCGCAGCAGCAUGGCAGAUGCCAGACGGGACUCACGUGGUUGUGGAAACUGCUCGGAUUCAGAAGAAGAUAAAUGUUCCGAUGAUGAUUUUGAAACGUCAAAACUCGGAACCAAAGAAUAUUGGGAGGAAGCAUACCAAAAAGAGCUAGAGUCGUUUAAAGACAUUGGAGACGUUGGCGAAAUAUGGUUUGGUGAGGAAAGCAUGAAUCGUGUCCUGCGAUGGAUGCAGAAAGCUAAGAUCCCUGAGGAUGCUGCCAUUCUUGACAUUGGCACGGGAAAUGGGGCCUUCUUGGUUGAACUGGCAAAACAUGGAUACAGAAACCUUACCGGUAUAGAUUAUUCUCCAGCAUCAGUAGAACUGGCCCGAAAUGUUCUGCAGGCAGAGGGCUUAUCUGAUGUCACUGUAAAGGAGACGGAUUUCCUGAACUGCGGUGGAGAACUCGCAGGUUUUGAUGUCUGCAUUGACAAAGGAACUUUUGAUGCAAUUAGUUUAAACCCAGACAACAACAAGGAGGGAAAAAAGCUGUAUGUCCACACGCUAAAAGAUGCUCUUAAGGACAGCGGCAUCUUUGCUAUCACUUCCUGUAACUGGACAAAAGAGCAGCUGCUGGAGCGAUUCUGUGAAGGGUUUGAAUUUGUACAGGAAUUGCCUACUCCCAGCUUCCAGUUUGGAGGAAAAACUGGCAACAGUGUGGCAGCACUAAUCUUCAAGAGAGUGCAUUGAUUGAAGUUUCUCAUGUGAAUGUUUGUCCUUUUUUAAUUUCCUUUUUUUUGUCUAUUUGACACCAGAUAUUUUAGCUUGAUCUUUUGUACAAGUCAUAACUAUAGUGUAUUGCAAUAAAGCAAAUCCUCAGUAGCUGACUGGGAUUUUUUUUCUUUAUAUUAAA